GCCUAAACGCAUCCUUUGUCUAACCGAACUUGGAAUAUUGUUAAUGGCAAAGCAUAUUCCCUGCGAUUGAUGGAAUCUCAGACGACCUGAUCUCCACGCUCCUAAGUCCUCGCACAACUUAAACGCGCUCCUUUAGAUUUUCUUUUCUUGUCGUCUUUUCCCGAUUCAGUUGUUUUAUUCGGCUGCUUCGGGGAGUCGGAGACCACAGACAGGAACAGAUUCGCCUCUGUGUGCAGAGCCAAGAGUCAACUCUUCUGAGUCGCUAUUUCUUUCUUUCUUCAAGGGAGCAAAAAUGAGCUCAGUGGUGCAGGGUUUUACGAAGUCGCUUGCCAUCACUGUGCUAUCGGAGAUCGGAGACAAGACGUUCUUUGCAGCCGCGAUAUUGGCAAUGCGUCACCCAAGGAGAUUUGUUUUGUCUGGUUGCUUAGCAUCGUUAAUCGUGAUGACAAUUCUUUCUGCCAUUGUUGGUUGGGCUGCUCCAAAUCUGAUCUCUCGUAAGUGGACUCAUCACAUAACAACAUUGUUGUUUUUUGGAUUUGGGUUGUGGUCACUGUGGGAUGCAUUCAUGGGUGAGGGGGAGGCUGAAGAGUUGGCUGAAGUUGAGGCAAAAUUGGAUGCUGACUGGAAAGCUAAUACGGGAAAAACAAAAGACAGCAGCAAGGCUGAUGAUGAUUCAAAAAAGAAGAGGCGGCAUUUUCUCUCACAGAUCUUCUCUCCCAUAUUUUUGAAGGCAUUUUCCAUCACUUUCUUCGGUGAGUGGGGUGAUAAAAGCCAGCUGGCUACCAUUGGUUUAGCCUCAGACGAGAAUCCAUUUGGGGUGGUUCUUGGUGGAAUUCUGGGACAGGCAUUGUGUACCACUGCUGCCGUCCUUGGAGGAAAGAGCUUGGCAUCUCAAAUAUCGGAGAAAUUUGUUGCAUUAUCAGGUGGAGUUCUUUUCCUUGUUUUUGGGAUCCAGUCCUUUCUUUCAACGGUGGAGUCUUAAGUGUCCAACAUUCAGCUAAUGGACGGGAAAGCGGGUUUAGGUGAAUUUGAAUUGUUAAUUGCCUGCUUGAGAUCAUCAUUUUCUAGGAGACUGAUAGAUCUCAUCAGAACUGACCGAUUCAAAGCUAUGAUAUUUUUCAGAAGGCUCGGGAUAAGUCUAUAUUGUUGGCGUACUUAGUUAGCGUAGCUGAUAGUAGUGUUUCUUUUUGCCUCUGCUUUUGUUCAAGGUCAUCUAAAUAAUAUUUGUUAGGUCUUGAUAUGACCAUCCUAGACUAUACAUUUUGAGAAUCUCUUUUAGUGAAUGUUUUUUUGACUAAAAAUAACAAUGACAAACAAUUCUCCUCUGUGUUAUAAUUAUACAACUGUAAUGGGCCUGGGCCUGGGCCUGGGCCCAACCGAGAAAGAGAUGAGAGUCUGUGCCCUUCGGUUACUUGGGCCGAGUUAAGUGA